UAUUCAACCAGGGCUCAGUUAACCCAGGUUACACUAGUAUCAGAGGAUCCCUCUCAUUGGCUGCACAGGGAGACCAGUUCUCUGAGCCCACCCACUGGAAGCGAUUAUAGGGACUUGCAUUUUAGUUUACUCCGCGCAUUGAGUUUUGGAACUGGACCCGCGGCGCUAUAGUACACACAGAUCAUCCCCAGCACGCAUCAUGGCAGCUACACACAGCGAGUACAGAGGUUACCUGCGGAACACCGUCGACAUCGAGGACGGGCAGCACCGCUUCCACCCGGUGCAGAGCUCGGAGCCCACUUACCGCCCGCUCCUGUUCGGGACUCUCGCUGUUAUGGGAUUGCUUCAGGUGGCUUCCAGUGUGGCGAUCUUAUUACACCUGACAGGUUAUCUGCAACAGGUGGAUUUGUCUGCAGUCCCACAACGGCCCGUAGAGGAAGUGCAGACGGAGCCAAUGCUGAAUGCACUGAGAGACCCGAGGAAAAACAAACGGUGCAAAACUCCAAAAGAGAGCCUGCCAUCAGCUCAUCUACCAAUCAAAACACAUCAGGAGUACUCUAAGAAGGGUGAGCCAAGGACCAUCAUCAUUGACUGGGAUGAGGUGCACGGACACCAUAACAGAAUGGGUUACCAGAAGGGAAAACUGCUGGUGAUGGAGUCCGGUUUCUACUAUGUCUACGCCAAGACCUGCUUCCGCUACUACAAGGGUGCGCAAGAGGACAGCAGUCAGGCCGGGGUGCCGCAGGUGGAUGUUAGUAACACCCAGCUCAUCCAGUACGUCUCCUACGAGAGCAUCAAACAGAACAGCAGAGUCACGGUGCUGAUGAAGACAGGCAGCACCAUGCGCUGGAACAGCAUCAGCUACAACAUGUACUGCGCCCAGCAGGGCCGAGGGGUGCGGUUAGAGGAGGGAGAUGCUUUGUUUGUCAACGUUUCCAAUGCUUGGCUGCUGGACCUGGAGGGUGAAGGGACGUAUUUUGGUGCCAUAAAGUUGGGUAACUGAAAUUUAAACGUGGGGAGCAGACAUGCUACUGAACAUUUGAUAUGCCAAAGAACCACUGUUAAUAAUUUUUAUCAUGUUGAUUUGUCAAAAAAAGUGUCUUUUCAUUGUACAAUGUUGUUUUUUUUUUUUUUUUU